ACCUUCCCAGGAGGCGCGGUGCGCACGGUGGCUUUUACGACCUGUGCGUCCCGGAAAGCGCUGCGCGUGCCUGGAAACAGACGGGCGGCUCCGGGGUCUUCCUGAUCCGGGGGUCUGCAGGCGGUAUGUUAUAUUUAAAAGUGGGUGCUGUUUAUGACGAAUGAAAAUGGCCAAUCCUUUAAGAGGAGAAGUACUGAAUCUUUAUAAAAACCUGCUGUUUCUUGGACGGGACUACCCAAAAGGAGCAGACUAUUUUAAAAAGCGUCUGAAGAAUGUUUUCCUUAAAAACAAAGAUGUGAAGGACCCAGAAAAGAUCAAAGAACUUAUUCGACGGGGUGAAUUUGUAAUCAAGGAGCUAGAAGCCUUGUACUUCCUCAGAAAAUACAGAGCUAUGAAGCAACGCUACUACUCAGAUGAUGACAAAAUUAACUAAUCAUUACCGCUACAAUCUGAAAAGCAGAGUUUACACCACAUAUCCACGUUGAGUCUAACUUAGAAUGGAAAGAUGCACAUGUGUGGAAGAUGCCCCAGUUGCCUUACAAUGAUGGAACAGGGUUCAGCUUCUGAGGGUCAUGAGGGAUUUUUCAGCACCCCUUUACCAGGCUAUUUUACACCAGAGCAGCAGCACAGAGCCUUGUUGCCAGCUGCCAUCCUUAAAUUAAUGAGCAGAAUCUCCACCUGUUAUUCUUAGCCUGUUGUCUGUUUUACUGAUGCUUUCUCAUGCAUUUAGCUAUAAGCACAGCAAUGAAUUAUAAAUUUAUUCUCUUUAUGAAGGAUUGUCUUUUCUUCCUACCCCAUUUGGUAUAUAAGCAGCACAUACUGAAGACUCAACCCAAUAGUAUGAAGUGCAGUUAUAAAAACAGUAUGUAUAGAGUAAGGUUAUUUCUAGCUUGGAGAGAACCUGAUAGACUGACUUUACACACAUAACUAAUUCAGCUAUUUCCAUGAUUAUUUUCCCUCCCUGCCCUUUUGGCCUUAAAACAAGCCAACUGCUGUGUCUCAAUCACCUUCUGCAAGAACUAGCAAUAAAUAAUGUUACUCUCUCCUUUUGCCACAGAGGCAGAUUUUUUUCUUCCAUCAACUACUACAGAUGAGCUAACAUGGAAAUGGACAUAAACCUAGUAUGAUUAAAAAAAAAACUAGUAUUAAAGUUUAAUAAACUUUCACGUUCAGCACCUUUCAGAAUUUUUUUCUACUGUACAAGUUGCACACACACACAAAGUGCAAAUAUGCUAUAGUGUCUGGCUCAUCAACUAUCCCAUACCAAAAGUGGGGCAAGUAUUUCAAAUUCCCAUCAAGAAAUAACACUGUCAGUCACCAUAACUAUUUUUUUAUUACAUUACAAUAAUUAGGAGCAGUACAGUUCAUGACAAAAUAUUACAAAUUUAAGAUCACUUCACAGCACAUACUCCUAUAAACAUUUAAAAGAGUGGUCAAUUUUUAAAUCCAAUGUUUGAUAUGACCAACAUUCCUAGGUCAGCGCAACCAAAUGACGGGAAACAACUGGACCACACUGCAUACGUCCCACAGAAGCACAAUGUACAAAAUGUGCACGUUUCAGUUUACACUAUACAAAAAUAGUUAAAACACAUUCCAGGUAAACAUGUUACAUUAAGAAAUAGGACUAGUAAGAAAUUGGCACUCAAAGGAAAAAUGCAGAAGUAUUUUCAACAUGAAAACACAAGACAGUGGAAUCAGAAACUUUGGGAGAAGACUUGACAGAACCCAUUCAGCUCUGUGGGGAGGGGAGCCCUCUGCAACCAUCAAUUCUGCAGGUGACAACUUUGAUUUUCCCUAAAUGUAAACUGCCCGUUCUGCUGCACUGGUGCUUGAAACUGUGAAACUAAAGCAAGUGUUAACUUUACUAACUAUUCAGAAACUGAUGUGAAUAGAAGCUUUAAGAAAUAAUGUUUUCUGAAGAAACUUAGAGUUGCCAGUUACAUGUUCCAUUUCUCAGCGCAGAUCUGAUGCUACCUAGUUCAAACAGAAGCUGUGAAAUACUCUACAGCAACUGGGUUUUAAAAUAUAUCUAAUCAGCAAUAAAUUAUAAAAUUCGACAAGUGGAAAUUACAGUAUUGCCUACAAAAAAAUCUACACUCAGAAACAAUGGUUAGAAGUAAAAAAAAAAAUCACUGCAAUACAAGUGAGAUGAACAUGUGUAUACGGCAACUUAACAUGCCUCAGAAAAUAUCGAUAGAGAUUAGGACCAAAUUGUGUAAUGGUGGCAAAUGUUUUAGUGACCUCGUAGGUCCUAAGUUCCUAUGCAGUGUGACUCAGUUAAAAGAGCCUAGAAUUCCUAACUGGGAAUAUUCACUCCAAUUAGACUACACACUUCUGCUACAUUCUUCCACAAACAUGUCAAUGUCUUAAGACUGCACUUUAGUGAUAUUUGCUAACUUCAACAAGGAUUUUUAUCUUUAAGGCUGUUAUAGAUUACAUGUAUACUUAUUUCUAGAAUUAUCCCUCCCUUUAAAAAAAAAAUCUCUACAAAAGCAAACCUCUUGUCAACCAUUUAAAAUUCACAUAAUAUAGGAUGAUUACCACUGCCUUAGAAAAAAACAAAAACAAAAAACCCUGCCCAGAUUAUCUCAAAAACUCAAGUCAAAAAAAGAAAAA